CCGAGGAAGCGCGGCGUCCCAUUGGCCCUCCGCCGCGUCCAUAGGCUUGCAAGAGGUGGGGGAGAGCGAGGCGCAGCUUCGCAAUCACACCGCGGAACGGAGGAGAGGGGCGAAAAAAUGAUUAAUCUGUCAAAGGCGAAUUUGUGUUCGGGAUGAGACCGCGCUGACAUUCAGCCGACCGGAACGAGGCGCGCAGGCGGACACAUUUGAUGCACAGGGGGGCCCGACGUCAAGCCGAUGCGCCGCCAUAGCAGGUGGUGCUUGUAUAAUCGUCCAGGGUCUUGUCACUUGUCUUUGCUGCCUGAUCUGCGCGUCGUUUCAGCACUGGACAGCGACCGGGACCGUCGGCCGCUGAACACACCGAGGGAAUCCUGAGGCGGGGUAGGCUCACACGGACACGGCACCGUCGACGCGUGAUUGCGACCGUGACGUGCUCAUUGUUGGCUCCUGUUAUUCUUACUUCGGUCCGACCCUCGCUUGGCUCGGGGCAAUGCGCGGCUAGAUGACUUCACUACAUCAACAAGCACCGCGGUAUCCUGGACUAAUAUAGCAGCUCCACAUCUCCCCCCUCCCUCCCUCCUCUCUCUCUCUCUCUCUCUCUCUCUCUCUCUCUCUCUCUCUCUCUCUCUUUCACUCCAUUCGCUGAUCCCGAGUCCCUCCGUCCAAAGGCACCAUGGGAAACCGUGGCAUGGAGGACCUGAUCCCGCUGGUCAACAGGCUGCAGGAUGCCUUCAGCUCCAUCGGGCAGGCCUGCAACCUGGACCUGCCGCAGAUCGCGGUGGUCGGCGGCCAGAGCGCAGGGAAAAGCUCGGUGCUGGAGAACUUUGUCGGCAGGGACUUUCUGCCCCGUGGAUCCGGCAUUGUCACCCGCAGGCCCCUGGUUCUGCAGCUUAUCAGUGCCACUGCAGAAUGGGGCGAAUUCCUCCACUGCAAAGGGAAGAAGUUCACCGAUUUCGAUGAGAUCCGCGCGGAGAUCGAGGCCGAGACGGACCGCGUCACGGGGGCCAACAAAGGCAUAUCUCCCGUCCCCAUCAACCUGCGGGUUUACUCACCUCACGUGCUGAACCUGACUCUCAUCGACCUGCCGGGGAUCACCAAGGUGCCGGUCGGUGACCAGCCCGUGGACAUUGAGCAGCAGAUCAGGGACAUGAUUAUGCAGUUCAUAACCAGGGAAAGCUGCCUGAUCCUGGCCGUCACUCCGGCCAACACUGACCUGGCCAACUCCGACGCUCUCAAACUCGCGAAGGAUGUCGAUCCUCAGGGUAUGAGGACCAUCGGAGUGAUCACCAAACUGGAUCUGAUGGACGAGGGCACAGAUGCCCGAGAUGUACUGGAGAACAAAUUGCUGCCGCUACGAAGAGGAUAUAUCGGAGUGGUGAAUCGCAGUCAGAAAGACAUCGACGGGAAGAAAGAUAUCAAGGCGGCUCUGGAGGCUGAGAGGAAGUUCUUCCUGUCCCACCCGUCGUACAGGCACAUGGCUGACAAAAUGGGCACCCCACGGCUGCAGCGAGUGCUCAACGAGCAACUGACCAACCAUAUCCGGGACACGCUGCCAGGGUUCCGUAGCAAGCUGCAGUCCCAGCUGUUGGCUCUGGACAAGGAGGCCGAGGAAUACCGGGGAUACCGACCUGAUGACCCGUCCCGCAAAACAAAGCAGCUGUUGCAGAUGGUGCAGCAGUUCUCUGUGGACUUUGAGAAAAGGAUCGAGGGUUCAGGGGACCAGGUGGACACCGUGGAGCUGUCCGGUGGAGCAAAAAUCAACCGAAUCUUUCAUGAGCGUUUCCCCUUUGAACUGGUCAAGAUGGAGUGCGAUGAGAAGGAGAUGCGUCGGGAGAUCAGCUAUGCCAUCAAGAACAUCCACGGUAUCAGGACUGGACUUUUCACCCCAGACAUGGCGUUUGAGGCCAUCGUGAAGAAGCAGAUCAUAAAGCUGAAGGGGCCCUGCGUCAAGUGCGUGGACAUGGUGAUCCAGGAACUGAUCAACACCGUGCGCCAGUGCUCCACCAAGCUGGAGUGCUUCCCAAUGCUGCGUGAGGAAACAGAGAGGAUUGUGACGUCUCACAUCCGAGACAGAGAGAGUCGGGCCAAGGACCAGGUUCUGCUGUUGAUAGACGUCCAGCUGUCUUACAUCAACACUAACCACGAAGACUUCAUCGGCUUUGCUAAUGCGCAGCAGAGGAGCAGUCAGACUAAUAAGAGCCAGAGUUCAGCGGGAAACCAGGUGAUUCGCAAAGGCUGGCUGACCAUCAACAACAUCAGCAUCAUGAAGGGAGGCGCCAAAGAGUACUGGUUUGUGCUGACCGCCGAGAGCCUCUCCUGGUUCAAGGAUGAUGAGGAGAAGGAGAAGAAGUACAUGCUCCCUCUGGACAACCUGAAGGUCCGCGAUGUGGAGAAGAGCUUCAUGUCCAGCAAGCACAUAUUCUGCAUUUUCAAUACGGAGUCAAGGAAUGUGUACAAGGAUAAUCGCACCCUGGAGUUGGCUUGUGACUCUCAGGAGGACGUGGAAAGCUGGAAGUCGUCUCUCCUGCGUGCUGGCGUCUAUCCUGAGAAGGUCACUACGGUUGAGAGUGAGACCACCUCCACCUCAGAUAACUUCUCCAUGGACCCUCAGCUGGAGCGUAAAGUGGAGACCAUCCGUAACCUGGUGGACUCCUACAUGGCGAUUGUCAACAAGUGCAUCCGGGACCUCAUGCCCAAGACCAUCAUGCAUCUCAUGAUCAACAAUGUGAAGGAGUUCAUCAAUGCAGAGCUGUUGGCCCAGCUGUACUCUGCAGGUGACCAGAACGCCCUGAUGGACGAGUCCCAGGAGCAGGCCCAGAGGAGGGACGAGGUGCUGAGGACCCACCAGGCCCUGAAGGAGGCGCUGAGCAUCAUCGGUGAUAUUUCCACCUCCACCAUCACUGUCCCCGUACCUCCGCCUGUUGACACGUCCUGGAUGGGCGGACAAGGUGGUCGCAGGUCUCCUCCAGCUAGCCCCACGGCCCCAAGGAGGAUGUCUUCAGGCCAGCGCCCGGCCCCCCGAGGGGCCCCACCACCGCCAAACCGCCCAGGACCCCUGGGGCCCUUUAAUAACAGUGCUGACAGCCCUCAGGCUCCCAGCCGCCCUAACAGGGCUCCUCCUAGCAUCCCCAGCCGGCGCCCUCCGCCGUCUCCUACAAGACAAGCCCCACCAUAAACAUCCGAAGGGCUUCCUCACACCCCCAUCACCUCCCACUCCCAUCCCCUCCAUCCCUCCUCUCUCAGCCAUGGCUCUGCUGUCCUGGUUGCUCCUUAGUGCAGACACAGACGUCUCUGACCCUUUGACCCUCAGUUUCCUGCCAGGUGACGAUGUCCAUAUAUCUAUGUACAGUAUGGUACUUGUCUUGUGGUGUAUGUGUAUGUGCGCUUGUUGCUCGCCUUCCGGUCCAGGUUUGCUUUAGCAGAUCCACUUCCCAGUAUCAGUCCCUGGAACCUCUGCGCCCCCAUCCACCCACCCACCACCACCACCACCACCACCAUCAUCACACAUCAAACCCCUCACUGAGUCAGCCACUCCCCCCACUUGCUGCUUCUACAUGAGAAUAUGCUCAGCAGUCGUACUGCCCUACUCAUUCCAAAAUGCAGCAUGGCACAUAAGCUGCUUUUAUUGCAUGGGAGUGUGUGUAUGUAGAGUGUGCGUGCGUGUGUUUUGUGUGUGUGUGUGUAUACAAGGGAGGAACUAAUUUGCCUAUAUGUAGGCUGAGUAUGAUUUAGUAUUGUAUUAAUUUAUUGUAUAAUGCCCCAUUAAGUGUUAAUUAUCAGCUUAAUGUUCUCUUAGGAACAGAAGUUGUAUCUUAGUAUGUGUGUGUACGUGCGUGUUUGUGUGCGAGUAACUCCGUGUAUGUGUGCGUAAGGGUGUGUGUGUGUAUGUGUGUGUGUGUGAGGAACACGUGCGCAUGUGCCGUUUGUCUGCACGUUCAGUUGUAUUUGUUUUCAUGGUUGAAGCUGUUAAUGAUGAAUCAUUAAAAACCCACCGGGGGUAAAAAUUUAAUGUUGGACUUUUGUGAGUUGUUCCCGUGUUGUAGUAGCAGCCAUACACACAUAGCAAGGCUGAGGAGCACCUUCAGUACUCUCUAUAUGGAAACAGCCUCAAUAAUGCAUUUAACCCCGUCAUAGGUGUCCACCUGUGCUGUAUCGGUGGUCAAGUUGUGACCCUCGCAGCCUUAAGCUCCGAUACAGACGCUGACACGUGCGAUGGAACUUGCCACUUGAAAAAAAAAAACAAAACAAAAAAAACCCAAUGUAUUUUGUUCCUUGUUGAAUGAACAAAGAACAUGUAUUUACAUGUUUCCAUUUAGCCUUUUUCUCAGGUUUGAAACAUGCAACUCCAUGCACAUCACAAACUAGCGCUCUCUCUCUCUCUUCUCUCGACUCGUCUGACCUCUCUUACUUCCUCCGCUCUCGCGACCAUUGAAGCCAGUCUGUAAGUCAGCGUCUGCGCCAGAGCUUAAGGUGCUGUCGUCAUUGUUCAAGUGCUUCUCUGUCACUUUGUUAUUGUGUAUGUGGGCCUAAACUGUGUUCUGAUGUAUAUAGGUAAUGAUAAGGAGAUACUGUACCUGUGGACUAUAAAGACCUCAUCAAGGAUCCUAGCGCUUUAAUCGUUCUCUGUGUCUCUAUUCACUAAAUGCUCUCUUCUCUCUAAUUUAGACUGCCUUACCGGCAUGAAUUACAAUUCUGUAUUGCCAAAGCUAAAUGUAGAAAGAGAAUCGGAAAGUGGAACAAAAGAAAAUCAGUGAUUAAAAAAAAUCUGCUGAAGACCAACAACAACAAAAAACGGGAUCUGUUGUAGUGAGACGGCAUUGUUUAGCGGAGGGCAUAAUGUUAAGCUGGGAAAUGCAUCAGUUGUUAUUUUCGGUGUCUCUGUAUCGCUCCUCAAUAAACUUCUUCCUCAUAAUGUC